AUGAAAUUCUCUGUACUUUCAAGCAUUGCUCUUUUGGCCAGCAUUGUUGCUGCCGCACCCGCCGAACGAUCAGUCAAUCCUUAUGUUCUGGUUCAAAACAACUGCGACUCGAAACUUUAUGUUGGAAACACUGCCAACGGUCAACUCUAUGGUUCAUCUAUCACUGUUGAUGCUGGAGAUAGCCACAAGUUCGUCUUUGACAAUGGCUGGGCCGGCCGUAUCUGGGCCCGCAAGAAAUGUAGCGGCAAUGAUUGCACUUAUGCUGGCAUCGGUGCACCUGCCUCUUUGGCCGAAUUCUAUUUCAAGGGUCCAACUGGAAACGAUUUUUAUGACAUCUCAUUUGUCGAUGGCUACAACCUGCCUCUUCGUAUCACCCCGAUCAAUGGUCAAACCAAUGGAACUACCGGUGACAGUAAUGCAUUCCUCUGUGGCAACUCUGAUUGCUCUACUCUUCCUUCCUGUCCAGAAGGCUUCGAAUCAAAGGAUACGGAUGGAAACGUCAUUGGCUGCAUGAGUGCCUGCACCAAGUUCGGCACCCCCGAGAUAUGCUGUACUGGUGAAUACGACACAGAAUUCACAUGUUCCGGAAACGAUUACGCAAAACAAGUCAAGGCAGCCUGUCCUAAUGCUUACAGCUGGGCCUUUGAUGACAGCACUUCCGCUUACAUGUGCAAUGCCGAGGGUUACAAAGUCACAUUCUGCUAA